AUGGAUUUAUGGCUUUAUGUUAGUUUUAAGAUUAGAGUAAUCUUCGUAAAUGCAAUUAGUUACGUCAGUAAUAAUAAUAUUAGAACGUUAAAGGAUCGAUUUUUUGAACAAGUACCACAUUUGCAAUUAUUAUCUAUCGCAAACAAUCCCUUACUAAAUAUUUCAUCGGAAUCGUUUUUUGGUCCAGCUCAACUCAGUAGCAUAUUUUCUACCAGGGAUUAUCUUUGCUGCAUUGUACCUGCGAAAGUUACACAUUGUAUACCAUUACCUGAUCAAGAUUCUCUAUCGACAUGCAAUAAUAUCUUACCUCAUUUUACUUUGCAAUUAUUCGUUUGGAUUAUUGGUAUUGCAGCAUUAAUUGGUAGUAUUAUGGUCCUGAUACGUAAUCAUUGCUUUUAUAGCAAUCGCAGUAACCGAAAACGUGUUCCCGUUUUGUUAAUAUCAAAUCUAGCGGUAGUCGAUUUACUUAUGGCAUUAUACUUAUUAAUAAUCGCUAUUGCUGAUCAGUAUUACCGGGGAUUUUAUGGCUCACGAACAGAAAAGUGGUUAACUAGUAUUCCGUGCUACUUUGCUUGUUUCUUAGUAUCAUUAUCAAGUUUAAUGUCAGUUUACACCAUCGGUUUCAUUUGUCUUGAUCGUUAUAUUCAUAUUGGUGUGCCAUUCGCUCAAAAAUUUUUAACAAUGCAAACAGCUCAAAUAGCUUUAGGUAUCGGCUGGCUAUUUAGCAUUAUAUUUGUCAUUAUUCCAGUUGCUAACAGUGUGGGCAAGUACGGUGAUCAACGCAUUUAUAAAUACAGCAGUGUGUGUGUACCAAGUAAUGUAGAGAAUUUAAACUAUCGGAAAUGGUUAGCAACAUUCACUUUGUUAACCUUAAUCAUAUGGAUUAUGACUGCUACCAUUUAUAUUUUGUUCUUGAUAUCAUUGAAAACUUCCAGAAAGUUAUCUAAUCGGAAUAUUGAUCGAGGAGAGAAACGUUUAACAUUGCGAAUUUUAUUAAUUGUAGUAACAAAUUUUUCAUCAUGGAUGCCAUAUUAUAUCUUAAUAGUUCAAUUUCUUUGGACCGGAUGGUUUAAUAUUUAUGCAUUACAAUUUAUUGCUAUCUUUGCAUUACCUCUUAACGCGGCACUGAACCCAUACCUAUAUACAUUUACUAAUCCAGCUGUGACAUACUGCUAUCCUUGGCUACAAUCUAAAUUUAGGCGAUUUCUACGACCAUUAGUUACCGCUAUAGGCCAUAUUUUUUCACGUAAUCAUAAAUCUAAAAUGUCAUCAAGCACAGAAGUUAAAUUAUCGUCAAAGGUAAUUUUUCAAUCUUCCGGCAUCUAUCAAACCAAUCAGAUAGAAACUACCACUACUUUUACGACUGCAACUGUAGCUAAUGAUUUAUAG